GGUGCGUUAAGAUGGACGUCGCUGGAAUGGACGUCUGCGUGGCGACGGUGGUGUUUCCCUGAGAUGAGAAACAUAAAACUUUAUAUUUCAGAGGGAAGUGAGAGGAACAUUCUACCUGAAGACUUGAGGCAGACAGAAAUUCUAUCAAAUUAUAGUUGGUACUACUUUGCAAUGUCUGUAUGUGAAAGCCGGAGUGAGGAAAGACAAAGUGGUGGAGAACAAGAGAGAUAUCUGCAAGCCAACAAUGAGGAAUUCAACAGUAUGUUUGGAUAUCCAAACAAUACCAUCAAGACCUCAAAAUAUAAUAUCUUUAACUUCUUGCCCUUGAACCUAUUUGAACAGUUCCAGAGACUCGCCAAUGCAUAUUUUCUCAUUUUGCUAAUCCUACAGUUGAUUCCCCAAAUCUCCUCCUUGGCCUGGUACACAACUGUGAUACCUCUGAUAGUGGUACUGUCCAUAACAGCAGUGAAAGAUGCCAUCGAUGACCUGAAAAGGCACCAAAAUGACAAUCAGGUCAACAACCGUUCUGUUCUGGUCCUGAUGAAUGGCAGGAUGGAGAAGAAAAAAUGGAUGAAUAUCCAAGUGGGAGAUAUAAUAAAAUUAGAAAAUAAUCAGCCUGUCACAGCUGAUAUACUAUUACUCUCUAGCAGUGAGCCCUACAGUAUGACAUACAUAGAAACAGCAGAACUGGAUGGUGAAACCAACCUGAAAGUGAAGCAGGCCAUCCAGGUUACCAGUGAAAUGGAAAAUGACUUGAAUCAGCUUUCUGCCUUUAAUGGAGAAGUGAGGUGUGAUGCUCCCAAUAACAAGUUGGGCAGAUUCACAGGAGUACUCACUUAUAAGGGGAAAAACUACCUCCUGGACCUUGAUAAGCUGCUGCUCCGAGGAUGCAUCAUCAGGAAUACAGAUUGGUGCUAUGGCUUAGUGAUUUAUACUGGGCCAGACACCAAAUUAAUGCAGAACAGUGGAAAAUCCUCUUUUAAACGGACACACAUAGAUCAUCUCAUGAAUGUCCUUGUGCUCUGGAUUUUCCUGUUUUUAGGCUGCAUGUGUUUUAUCCUAGCAAUUGGGCAUAGCAUUUGGGAGAGCAAGAGAGGCUACUACUUCCAGGAUGUUCUGCCAUGGAAAGACUAUGUCUCUUCAUCAUUUGUCUCUGCCAUCCUCAUAUUCUGGUCCUACUUCAUUAUUCUCAACACCAUGGUGCCUAUUUCACUCUAUGUCAGUGUUGAGAUAAUAAGAUUGGGCAACAGUUUCUAUAUCAACUGCGAUCAGAAGAUGUUUUAUGCACCAAAGAACACACCAGCACAGGCUUGUACCACCACUCUUAAUGAGGAGCUCGGCCAGGUCAAAUAUGUGUUCUCAGACAAAACAGGGACCCUGACUAGGAACAUCAUGGUUUUCAACAAGUGUUCCAUCUAUGGGAGACUAUAUGGUGCUGUCUAUGACAGGUUUGGACAGAGGGUGGAAAUCUCUGAGAAAACAGAAAAGGUCAGCUUCAGCUACAACAAACUGGCUGAUCCUAAGUUUUCAUUUUAUGACAAGACGUUGGUGGAUGCAGUAAAAAGGGGAGAUCCUUGGGUGCACUUGUUUUUCCGCUCACUCGCAUUGUGUCAUACUGUCAUGGCAGAGGAGAAAGUGGAAGGUGAGCUGGUAUACCAGGCUCAGUCCCCAGAUGAAGGUGCCUUGGUUACUGCUGCCAGGAACUUUGGCUUUGUGUUGCGUUCCCGUUCGCCUGAGACAAUCACGGUAGUCGAAAUGGGAAAAACCAUAAUCUACCGCCUGCUGGCUAUUUUGGACUUCAGCAAUGUGCGCAAGAGGAUGUCUGUUAUUGUGAAGACACCUGAAGAUCGGAUAAUGUUGUUCUGCAAGGGAGCAGACACCAUCCUUUGUCAGCUGCUUCUUCCAUCCUGUACACCCCUCAGAGAUGUGACCAUGGAACAUUUAGAUGAAUUUGCCAGUGAAGGCCUUCGCACCCUUGUCGUGGCCUACCGAGAACUGGACAAGUCGUUCUUCCGUGCCUGGUACAGGAAACACAGUGAAAUCUGCUUUUGUUUGGAGGAUCGGGAAAGUAAAAUAUCAAGUAUCUAUGAAGAGGUCGAAAAAGACUUGAUGCUCUUAGGGGCCACAGCCAUAGAAGAUAAGCUGCAAGAUGAAGUACCUCAGACCAUCAAAACGCUGAACAAAGCCAAAAUUAAAAUCUGGGUUUUAACUGGAGAUAAGCAAGAGACUGCUGUGAACAUUGCCUAUGCCUGUAACCUAUUUGAGGAUGAAAUGGAUGGGCUGCUUUACGUGGAAGGCAAGGAUGAUGAGACUGUUGAAAAAGAACUCAGGUCAGCGUUGUACAAGAUGAAACCUGAGUCUCUACUGGAUUCAGACCCAAUAAACAGUUACCUUGCUACGAAGCCCAAAAUGCCCUUCAGGAUACCUGAGGAGGAGCCCAGUGGCAACUAUGGCUUGAUCAUCCAUGGCUACAGUCUGGCCUGUGCUCUAGAAGGGAACCUGGAGUUGGAACUGCUGCGAGCAGCAUGCAUGUGCAAGGGGGUGAUCUGCUGCCGGAUGACACCCCUUCAGAAGGCCCAGGUGGUGGAGCUGGUGAAGAAGUACAAGAAGGUGGUGACACUGGCCAUCGGGGAUGGGGCCAAUGACGUCAGCAUGAUCAAAGCUGCCCACAUUGGGGUCGGUAUCAGUGGCCAGGAGGGAAUGCAGGCCGUGCUCAACAGCGACUUCACCUUCUCCCAGUUCCACUACCUCCAGCGUCUACUCUUGGUCCACGGCCGCUGGUCCUAUAAUCGCAUGUGCAAGUUUCUCAGCUACUUCUUUUACAAAAACUUUACCUUCACUCUGCUGCACUUCUGGUAUUCCUUCUACAACGGGUUCUCUGCACAGACAGUUUAUGAUACCUGGUUUAUCACUUUCUACAACCUGGUCUACACCUGCCUCCCUGUCUUGGGCUUGAGUCUAUUUGAGCAGGAUGUGAAUGAAACAUGGAGCCUACGCUUCCCAGAGCUGUAUGAGCCAGGCCAACUCAACCUCUAUUUCAACAAGAAGGAAUUUUUGAAGUGUUUAGUACAUGGGAUCUACAGUUCCUUCGUGCUGUUCUUUAUACCUAUGGGUACCAUUUUCAACUCAGUGCGCAGUGAUGGGAAGGAAAUCUCUGACUACCAAUCCUUCUCCCUGAUAGUGCAGACCUCCUUGCUUUGGGUGGUCACAAUGCAGAUUGCCCUGGAGACAACCUACUGGACGAUGAUAAACCACUUAUUCACCUGGGGUAGCCUGGGUUUCUACUUUUGCAUCUUACUCUUCCUGUACAGUGAUGAUGGCUUGUGUGUAAUAUUACCCAAUAUCUUCCAAUUCCUAGGUGUGGCAAAGAACACUCUGAAUGUGCCACAACUGUGGCUGAGUAUUGUCCUCAGCGUGGUCCUCUGUGUGUUGCCAGCCCUUGGGUACCAGUUUCUCAAACCACUAUUAUGGCCCUUAAGUGUGGAUAAGGUUUUUGACACAAUUCAUGGCUUGAGACAUCCACUGACAUACCCAGUCCGGAGUAAACUGAAAAUGACAGGCUCUCGACGUUCUGCCUACGCAUUCUCCCAUAAACAGGGCUUUGGGCCCCUCAUCACUUCUGGCAUGUUUAUGAAGUCCAAGUGGCCCAGGAAAAACAUUGCUCAUAAAAAGUAGAGAGCUUUAGGGAAACCCCAAAGGAAUCAGUCAUUGCUCUUCCUCCCUUGUUUUCACCUAACUUAGUAAGGAGGGCUUAGUUACCCUGGGAAAGAAGCAUAAACCUGCGCCUCCACUCUCACUCCAGGGCUCAGCCUCUUCAUUCCCUAGCAGGCUGUGCCCAGGUAAGGCAAAGAAAUGUAAAGAAAGAGCCCCCAGAUAUCCGUCAGAGUUGCAGCAUUUCAAGAAAAAAGUGACUUUAGGCCUCCCUUCUAUCAACCCUUCUAAGUUUUAGUCCAGACAAGCAAAUGUGGAAGUAGUGGGCAAAAAGGGGCAGUGUGAGGAAGGGAAGAAAAAAAAUAGAACCUAAGAACCUGACUCGGGGUCCUGUUUUCCAUACUCAGAACAACCAUUAAUCUUGCUAGAGCCCCACACAAACAGUCCCAUUCAGGCACCCUGCUCAGGUUUGUCUGGGGGAUUUAGGAAGAGUCUUUUAUUGGCCUUGGGUAGCAAAAGGAGGAGACAUCUGUGAAAAUAAUGGUCAUAAGAAGCUGAAGGAGAGUAUCUGGACCAAAAGAAAAGAAGUGGUUCUUGCCUU